AUGAUUUGUAAAGAAAAUAAAUGUAAAUGUAUAAUAACAAGAACACAAGUUUAUUUUUGGACUGGAAAACGAUGUAUUGAAUGUAUUCAAGGUUGGACUUCUUUUUCUGGUACUCGUUGUUUGCAGUUUUUUAAUGAAAGGAAAACUUGGUUUGAUGCUCAUGUUCAUUGUCAUAAAUAUAAUGCAGAUCUGGUUGAUAUUGAUAAUUGGCCAUCGUCUACAUUUGUCUUCGUUGAAAAUAUAACUAAUUCAUAUGUUAAAUCAGAAGAUACUUUAAUUAAUAUAUGGGCAACAGCUAAUUCGAAUUUAUUUGACAAUGAUGAAUCAAUAUUUACUGAUCGUUGGUUCAAUUAUCUUUCUUCAGAUAUUGUAAAAAUAUUUUGUGUAUGGUUGAUCAAACAAUCAAAGACAAAUGUAACCAAUAAGAGUAAUUAUAAGCUUCCGAAUGAACAUAACAAAUCUGAAAUAUGUGUACAAUGGAUACCUUGGAAUGUGCAUGGAAACUAUCGUUGCCGUAUUGAUUCUAACACAAAAUGUUUAUUAACAAAUCGAUUUAUUUGUGAAAUAACUGAAUUCAGUUUAACACAUAUUAAAAUAUCAAUCAAUACAACUACUACUCAAAGUACAAAUCCAUUAAUAAUUGGUUCUAUUUCAAUUAUGAUUUCUAUUAUUCUUUUUGUUCUUCUCAUACUAUACAGUAUGCGAAUAGAACCUUCAAAAACUUCUAUUGAUCAUGAUGAUGAUAAUUCAUAUCAAUUAAAUUCAUCUGAAACAUUAUUUAAUGUUAUUUCUAUAUCAUCUUUAUUAGCUGAUUUAGCUAUUGUUAUUGAUUUAGAUUUUACUGUUACAUCGUAA